CAUUCCCCUUCGACCACAGCAACAGGUGUCCAGCCAGCGGUAUGAUCCAAGACUUCGAUUUGUGCCAUCUAUUGCGUCAAGAAUGCCUCAAAACGAGCGUAAUAUGAUAGGCUCAGUCGUUGAGCGCAAGAUAGCAAGUCAACCCAGCACUACGCCGAGAUUUACUGCGAAGCCCGGCAUCGGAUUUCCUGCCGUGCAGCACAGAUCCAAGAGCGCGUUCGCACGUGCGAGGGAAGAGAAGAAGGUGAACAAUGCAGAUAUCCGAUCCAACGAAGUCCCUGUGGUAGUGACGACCCAGGCAUCACUCACAGCUGAAACCAAAGCCAUCUCGACGGAUGUUGAGGACUUGCGGCAUCAUAUCAGUCGGGCGAAUGAACAACAGCUGGCAAGCAUGACAUCGGAGGAGAUUGAGAAGGAGAGGAAGUCCAUUUUGGACCAGUUCGGUAACGACGCUCCUGACCUGCUGAGACGAGUUCGGGAGGCUAGAGAGAGGAAGCUCGCACGGGAAGCUGCUCAAGAGACGGAGGCGGAGCGAAACGUGAUUAGUUCCGAGCAGACGGAAAGACCCCCCAUUCAUCACCCUAAGCCAACGUUGCUGUCCUUGGGUGCCCGACCGGGCAUCCUCCGAGUGAGGAGCCUCGAAAGUGUUCCUCAAAGUGCGCCGCCAACUUUUUCUUCCCAGAGAAGCUGCACGCGUCCACCCAGUAGGACGGGUAAAAAAAUUCGCUUUGCUGAGGUCACACCCAAGGAUAUCUACGUCUAUGAAUCCGCCCCUGUUUCUCCGAAACGACAAGUCUUUGCACUUCCACCGCCCCCGGACAAACCAGAUAGCUCUAUCGGAUCGAUUCCUUCAAAGCGACCCCACCCUAUUGACAGUCCAUCGGACGAUAAAGAGAGUGCGGCAACGGCGACUGGCGACUCCAAGCUGGAGGAGGGCACUCCAGAGCACAUUCGCCGACGCUAUUUCCCGGACGCCUCAGAGAACGAUCCAAACCUCGAAUGGAUGCAAGCCUCGACUUCCCCAGAUUCCUCCGAACUCCGCUUUGACCUCAAUGGUGCACCGAUACCGCCUCCACUCUCGGAGACUUUGCCAUCCCAUCUUGGGCUACAUCACCAUGCGGAAGGGAAUCGGGCAGGUUAUACACUUGAUGACAUCUUUCUUCUGUCGCGAUCCACAGUCGACGGCAACUCCCCAGACAAGAUCGCCGAGCUUGUCGGAAAGGAAGGUAAACACCGUAAGCAAGCUCUUGCUGCUGGCCUUUCGGCCAUCAGUGAGCGCGUGGUUUGGGAAUGUCUAGUCGGCAUCGAACUCCACCUCGCUCCUGAUGUUAUCUCUUCGACUCACCCGGAACAACUACUUCCGAUCAUCGCGGGAAUACUGGCACAAGCUUCACUUCCCCGUGAAACACUUGAGCAGUUACUGGCUAUUGUUUACCGAUUCGUGCAGGAGUCGAACGAGCUAGCUGACUUUAUAAUGACCGUACCUCAUUUGGUAUCCGCCAUCAUUCAAACGUUCCUGCUGACACCUAUCCCGCCCCGCGAAGAUUCCUUCCUUCCUGACCCUAUGGCAUUGCGCCUCCUCAUUAUCCUUGCGUCCGCCUCUCGCUCAAACGCUUCAACAUUCGCCACCCUUCUGCCGCAUUCGUCGCCUUUCCCAACGCCUCUCGCAACGUCGAUCUUGGCUUCCUACGGGCUGUACUCUCACAUCGCCACAUCAGCUUCCCUCUACUUCUCUGCUCUUGGUUCAUAUGUUCUGUCAUCGCCGCCGUUGGCCCCAAAGACGUUAUCGCAACUACGUGCAGCGUGGUCAUUCCUUUUGGAAGUUUGGAUAGUCUGUGCUACCGACCCUCACGCUACCACUCCCCCGCAUGAGAUACUAUGGAGCCAGGUGACUGCCUGGGGUUGGGAGAGUGAAGUGCGGCUGCUUAGGAAGGAUUUGACGGAGGCUGAACAAGAUUGGGAGGUAUGGAGUGCUGUUUGGAAUGUCGAGGCGGCAUGGUUGGAGGGAGCUAGGAUUAAUGGGAUGAAAGGUGGGGAAAAAGAGCGAUCGGAGGUUUUGGAAUCUGUUCAGCCUGGAUUUGAAGCGGAAGAAGGAUUAGAGCAUAAAGUUGUGCGUGCCGCUCUCGAAGCAGUGAAGCAGCAUUUGGGCAUCCUGGCUACAGACGGUCCUGGGAUGGAAAAGGCUCUCAGGCUGAUCGUGACACCCACCCACGCCCUCUCCUCUGCGAUCCGAUUAUGGCUCGCUUGUCUACCUCCUCUCAAAGACGUACCACUCGGUUCCCCCCCGUUUACGCUCCCGUUUGGAGGGCUAUCCAAGCUCUGCGCUGAGUUAGUCACACAUCCCGUCUGGUCGUUACCACAAAAACACGGAAUGUACCUUCAAGUCCAUCUGAGGCCUCUCAGCAGCCUGCUCGUGUACUUCCAUCGGCUUUCUCGACAUAUUCCUGGAACUGGUCCAGACUUGUGGCUCGCUCAAGGUCUUUCGAUGAUAACCCGACUCAUUCCUGGAGACGAGAGUGCUGCAAUUGCCAUGGAAGAAAACUGUAUUCUACCCGUGACACCUCAGAUUGCCGGGUUUCAGGUGCAACCUCCAUCCGUCGCGACUGACAUUCUUAAACCUUUCUUUGAGCACACCAUCCGUCCCAGCCUGAAUGUCUACCUUGGUCCCCUACACAUCAUGACUGAGAGCAUUUCCCGCAGUACGACUCUUAGACUUCCCGAUGGCGCCCCUGACCUGCCAGAAGAAGACAAGACUGGCCUUCCGCUGCCUCGGGACUGGCUUACAGCUCCGCUUACGCACCUCUUGAGGUCAGGGACAUCACCCGUUUUCCGCAAUCUGCCUACUGGUUGGGAUGCAUCAGAGGUAGAGGUCGUGCGAGCUACAUUGCUACUUCUCCACGUGUCAUCUGGUGUGCUUCAGCGUUGGGGCCUCGGCCUAUAUGCUCUCGGACCUGCCGAAGUAGUGUUUGCUUGUAUGAAAGUUUGCAUGCUUGAACACGGCGUUGGCGGCGGUGCAUUUGGAAUGGACUCGUCGACAGAAGUCUUCCGAGAUAGUGUCGUGGAGAAGUUGAUGGAGUGGCUACUGGACCCUCUUACACCAAAGCGACUUCCAACACCCCCUCCAUCUCCGCCCACCACCGCCACUUGCAAUGAACCAACACCUGCUUCGCUUCCCCCGUUCACCCCCCAGAACUACCUAGAGAUCGCGUCGCAGACGUACCUCGGCCAGACUCACACCCCAUUCUACCAAUUUUAUACGGAUCUUGUCGCACUAUAUACUUCCGUAUCUUUCGCCCACCCGAUCUUCGGCGCACUUCUGAUUCCGGCUCUGGCCAUGCGUUACCCAAGUGACUACCGCCGACUUGUAUGGUGUGAAGCCGGAGACGGUUCACGAGCCAGUUCAGGCGUGAGUGGUGGUGUCGGUGCCGUGACUGAGGUCGUGAGGACGGUUCGUCUCAGCUUGGAACAGGUCGACGUCAGGGAGUAUUUGUAUCCUGUCGAACGCGACGGAAGGAUUCUUGGGGCGCACCUCCAGGCGCUCCUUGCAGGUACGAAUGCACCACAAGGGUUUCUGCGUCUUGUUGCGGCCCAUCACGUUGCGUGUACGGUGUGGCCAGACCUACAGAGGCUUGCGAGGGCAGCUGAAGAUGGGACCAGUAGCAAUGACACCGCUACGGACGGAGGCGAUGUUAUGACAGUCAGCACCACCGAGCGAUCCCGGUCAAUCAUCCUGGUUCUCUUACAAGGGCCAACGCUGCUUCGGCUACUUCUAAAUCGGGGUGAUGCUCCAGCCGUGCGCGACGUCUUGUUGUACCGCCAAAGUCCAAGAGGUGGAUUCUUGUGGCCUCCAUCAUGCUUUGAAGGCGAUUUAGCGGAGUCAGAUAAAGCAGAGAGGGUGGAAUAUGUACGGGAUGUUAUUAGUGGUGAUAUGGCUGAGCGGGUCAAGGUUAUUUUUGGGUGGAAGAAAGACUAAAUUGGUGUAUACUGUAUUUUGCCCCUGACGAUCCUGACUUCAAGUAUGCAAUUGCAAGUUCCUGUGACCAGUUGUAGCGAGCUCCUUCCCAGCUCUUCAAUCUGCG